CGUGACCCGCCGUUCACGUGAUCCGGUGGAAACUCUUGUAUCUUCCUGCUUCUUUCGCGUUGUGCUGAUUGCGGGGCUUUCUGCCUAUUAGACUUGAGAUGACUGGUCAUAUACUUCCUGAGGAACAAACUUCUGCUUGUUGAACCACAUGAAUCACUCCAUGGUGAUUCAAUGCCUGACAGAGGUUGUGGUGGAAGAAGAAGCGCACAACAAUGCUGGUGAUUUCAACUCUAACAUUUGCGAUCACUCUGCUUGGACUAUCUAGGACCUCAGAGGCAGCCAUAGCUGCUUCUAAAAGAGAGAAUGAUCACUGGGAUAAGAAUCAUGGCAGGAUUUCAGAUGUACCCCAACAGAAAGUAGAACAACAGUUGGAACCCCUGUUGCUGUCUAAGCAAUGCAACAUCCCUCCAGACAACCGCUUUGACUGUGCCCCAGAGAAACUUCUCUCUCAAGAUGAAUGCCAAGCUCGGGGAUGUUGUUACGUCCCUGUCUCUUCCAAAGAGCCAUGGUGCUUCUUUCCUACCAAUUACUCUAGUUACAAAAUGACAAACCUAACUGCCACCCAGACUGGCUACACUGCCCAUUUGAUCCGCAGUGCUCCUUCUUUCAUGCCAGAUGACAUCAUGAAUGUGCAGCUGGAUGUGAUCUUUGAAACCAAGGGGAGGCUUCACUUCACGCUUAAGGAUCCAGCUAGGAAACGCUAUGAAGUUCCUUUAGAAACCCCCAAGACCAUCAGUAAGGAAUCCUCGACUCUCUAUUCUGUGCAGUUCUCUGCUGAUCCCUUUGGCCUCAUUGUUUUUCGACAGUCCAAUGGCCAAGUUCUGCUGAAUACUACUGUGGCUCCUCUGUUCUAUGCUGACCAGUUCCUUCAAAUCUCCACUGCUCUGCCAUCAAAUUUCAUCUCUGGAUUGGGUGAACAUAUGACCCCUCUUACUCUGAAUGUCAAUUGGACCAAAAUUACUUUGUGGAAUCGGGACGUAUCACCUGCGCCCUCUGCCAAUUUGUAUGGUUCACACCCCUUCUAUGUGGCUUUAGAAAAGGGUGGCUUGGCCCACGGAGUCUUCUUACUGAACAGCAAUGCAAUGGAUGUGUUACUGCAGCCCAGUCCAGCUAUGACAUGGAGAACUACUGGGGGUAUCUUGGAUUUCUAUGUCUUCUUGGGCCCAGAUCCAAGCAGUGUGGUGCGCCAGUACAUGGAUGUUAUCGGCUACCCAUUCAUGCCUCCUUAUUGGGCUCUCGGAUUCCAUCUCUGUCGCUGGGGUUACACUUCCACUACUAUUACUCGGGAAGUGGUAAAAAACAUGACUGCAGCUCUUUUUCCCCUGGACGUACAAUGGAAUGAUCUGGAUUAUAUGGAUGCUAAGCGAGACUUCACCUUCAACAAGGAUGGUUUCAGGGACAUGCCAGACAUGGUGAAUGAUUUCCAUCGUAAUGGUCGGAGGUAUGUCAUGAUUGUGGAUCCAGGGAUCAGCAGCACCAGCCCCCCUGGCACUUAUAGGCCCUAUGAUGAUGGCCUGAAACGGGGAGUCUUCAUCGUAAAUGCAACAGGACAACCUUUGAUUGGAAGGGUUUGGCCAGGGCCCACUGCCUUCCCUGAUUUCACCAACCCAGAGACUCACCUGUGGUGGUAUGACAUGGUCAAGGAUUUCCAUGACAAAGUGCCCUUUGAUGGCAUGUGGAUAGACAUGAAUGAGCCAUCAAAUUUUGUAGAUGGUUCCUUGGAAGACUGUCCAAACAACAAGCUUGAGAACCCCCCAUAUGUACCAGGUAUGCUGGGUGGAACCUUGAAGUCAAAAACCCUCUGUGCCUCUAGUAAGCAGUACCUGUCUUCCCAUUAUAACUUGCACAGCCUUUAUGGGUUGACUGAAACCAUUGCAACACAUGAUGCUUUGGUGAAAGUGCGAGGGAAGCGUCCGUUUGUGAUCUCUCGUUCCACUUUUGCCAGCCAUGGACGCUAUGCUGGCCAUUGGACCGGGGAUGUCAUAAGCGUUUGGGAGCAUCUAUACUACAGUAUACCAGCAAUGCUGCUCUUCAAUCUCUAUGGAGUGCCAUUGGUCGGGGCUGACAUCUGUGGAUUUCUGAACAGCACGACGGAAGAGCUGUGUGUGCGUUGGACCCAACUGGGCGCAUUCUACCCUUUCAUGCGAAACCACAAUGAACAGGGAAGUAAGUCUCAGGAGCCAUAUGCCUUCAGCCUGGAAGCCCAACAAGCCAUGAGGAAAGCCUUUUCCCUGCGCUACUCCCUGUUGCCCUAUCUUUACACCCUGUUCCACAAGGCCCACUCCACAGGCGAGACAGUAGCCCGUCCUCUUUAUUUUGAAUUCCCACAAGACACAUAUACAUGGACCAUUGAUAGACAGUUCAUGUGGGGAGCUGGGCUCCUCAUUACUCCUGUGUUAGAAGAAGGGAUAAGAAAAAUGGCUGGCUAUUUUCCUUUGGGGUCAUGGUAUGACAUCACCACGGGGUCUGUCAUCCACAGCAAGGGACAGUGGAUUCUUCUACCAGCUCCACUUGACACGAUCAAUGUCCAUAUCCAUGGAGGUCACAUUCUUCCUUUGCAGGAACCUGCUCUCACAACCACAGAGUCGCGCUCAAAUGGAAUGACUCUCAUCGUGGCUUUGACACUGGAUGGGGUGGCCAGAGGGGAUUUGUUCUGGGAUGAUGGUGAAGGGCUGCUGACCUUUGAGAAGGGUGAUUACACACAGAUCUUCUUUCUGGCAAGAAAUGAUGUGCUAGUGAAUGAGAUUGUGCGACUCAGCAGCCACAUAGAUGGGCUCCUUCUGAAACAGGUGCUAGUGUUAGGUGUCCCCAGCCCUCCCCAGCGGGUCCUGGCAAAUGAUACCCCCAUCUUGGAUUUUUCUUACCGUACCGACACCAAGGUCCUUACUAUUCCACUCUCUUUGCUGAUGGGGAAGGAAUUUGUCAUCACUUGGUCCUGAAAAGAAAAAAAAAAGAUGGACAGACAAUCUGAAUGCAAGAUAAACUUCUCUAAAAUGUAAAUGGAAAAAAAUUAUUUAACGAACAAGAUCCUUUGCUGUGGUGUUCUAGUAGAAUCAGUAGGGCCUGCAGGAGAUCUCCUGUGCUCUUUAUCCAAGUUCAAUAUGUAACAAUAUUUGGGUUGGGUUGGAUGCUACCAGCUUUCAUGACUAGAUUCACUAAUGGUUUGAAUGAUCACAUUUUCCAAAUGUCACCUUCCCCUCUUAGAGAAGAAUAAAUAAUUUCUGUUAGGAAUGUUAUAAUAUUUCCUGGAAUUGCACAAGGAGUUGGAGUAGAGUAGCUGAUCUUCAAGUGCCAUUGGUUAUGUUCUGUAAUUUUAUAAAAUUAGGGAUCAGUGUAGAAAAAAUGAAAGUGCCAAAUAUCCUAACCAAUGUACUGAUUACAUGCUACUGCAUUAAGACAAUAAUUUGACAAACAUGUCUAUGUGCUAAUGCUUUAUACAUUUAUAUAAAACCAUUUGAAAUAGGUCCUUGAUCCAGACAUUUUGAUCAAAGUUUUCCUCAGUGUCAGAUAGAUGUUCUCACAAUAGCCUCAGGGGAGAAUGCUUAAGCAGUUCUUUCUCUUGACAAUCGAUUGUUUCCCAGUUGCAAUCUUUUGUUGAGGGAAUAGUUUAGUUCUCCAUCAGAAAAAUGAGUUGUUCCAAAACCAGGCCUCUUUGAAACCUCUUCUCUAUUCAAAUUAGACAAAUUAUUGACUUGCCUGAAUAGAGAAAUCCAGGAAUAAAAUAGCUUCCUUUUUUUUAAAAAAAAAUUGUUUGAUUCCUUGCUGGCCCAUCCUUUUCUUUCACUUCCAAAGACCUACCUUCUUACUUUCUAUACAUUUUUAAGCACUGAAUCCAGAAAUAUUCAUCUCCUGGAAAUCUUCAUUGUUCCAAAUGAAGUUGGUGUGCUCCCUAUACUAUAUUCAUCUGCAUAGUUGAGAGUUGCUUCCUGUUUGAAAUCAUGCAAGGAUAUCUAAUGUAGGAGUUAGACAAAAUGUUCUAUAGAAUUGUGUUAAAAUAAUAUAACAUGAGAUCAGGGGUGGAUUCUACUUACCUUUACUACCGGUUCGCUACGGGACCGCGUGCGCGCAUACGCAGAAGCUUCUGCGCAUGCACAGAUCAUCCAUGAUGAUGUCCAGGCAGGUGAGCGGAGCUUCCUGCCGCUUUUACUACUGGUUAGCAAGAACUGGACCGAACCAGGAGCAACCCACCACUGCUUGGGAUGCCAUAUAGUCUUACAAAGAUUUACAGUGCGGCAUUUUUUUCAGAUGGUUAUAUUAAGAAAAAAUAACUUAAAGUUCAUUGGUUGGACAAUUUGUUAUGUUUUAUAUAUUUGUUUUAAAGCAAGCAAUGUGCUUUUGGCACUGAUUAAAAGAGUUUGUGUGCUCCAGGAACAGUUCCUAAUUUCUCAGUUGGAACAUGGAAUAGGAAAAUCAAGGAAAAGUUGAAAUUGUCAAAAUGGAUAUGAUGUAUGCUAUUUUGGAUGUCCUAGGAAUGAGGGAAUGUUUAUGAACCAGAAUGGGCCAAUUUAAUUCAGGCAAUUAGAUGUUUUGUGGUUCACCCAUAAAAUGGACCUGCCAUGAUACCUAAAAAGGACAUAUUUAAGUAUCUGCUCAGCUACAAUAAAAUAAGAGACAAAAUCAUAUCAAAAUUAAUGGCUAUCAAGUAAAUAUCAAUGACAGAUAACAGUGGAAUCAAAUAGAUUACAAAUCAGGAAACAGAAGAUGGAGAAGCACAAUCCAACUGCCUAUGAGUUUCCAGAUUUGUAUUUUAGAACAUACCAUGAAUUGCUGGUUUCAAAUAUUCAGGUAAAACAUAGAACAUUAUAGAGAAAAGUAUGUCAAAAAAUAGGCUAUGGAGAAUAUACAUUGAUCUUAUAGUCUGACUGUAACAGCUUCCGUGUGUCUAAUUUGUAUGAGAAAGAACAUGAAUUGCUAUGAGAAGAGCCAAGAGACAUUGCAAUAACUGAAUAGAUAUUGAAUAACUGAACCAAAAAAAAAAUCCCAAGAUUUCAAAGAGAAAAAAACAACAACUCUAGUGGCUUUCAGAACAAUCAAUUGUUAUAGCCAGGCAAAAAACAAAGGAUGAAACAGUUGGGCAGCUAAAAGAAUGUAAUAGUGACUGAAGACAGACUUCCAAAGUCAAGCAAGAAAGAAUUAAAGGUAUUUUUUUCAAGAAUGUCAACCGAAGAAUAAAUAUAAAAAGAAAAUGUAAAAAGAAGAGUACUUACAGAGUAUGUUGGUUGCAUUGGGGGAAUGUGCCAGGUUUUUAUGUUUUGGAGUUACUGGUUUUAUUGUUUCUUGUUUUUAUUAUGUAUAUGUUGCUUUAUUCUUGAGUGGAAGCUGCCCAGUUAGCAAGCUAUGAAAAAGUUUUAAAUAAAUAAAUAAGAAACAUUACAA